CGGAAAACUGCAACUGACUUCAGACGGACACGGUUUCCGGUCAAACCACUCAAAAUGGCGAAGCGCAAGCGCACCACGGCAGCGGCCGCGCACGCCAAUGCCGUCAAGAAGCAAGCAAACGGCAUCCCCAGUCCUCCCCAAGAUGCAGCCCCGUUUGAGCCCGCAAGCGUCCAUUCCGUCAUCUCCCAAGAAGAGAUCGAGGUGGCCGUGGACACGCUCCGCACGCUUUCCGAGCACCCUCUGCUGAUCAAGUCAAAGGCAUGCAAAGACCUGAGGACAGCCGUGUUCGACUUCCGUCAAGCAUGCACCACGGGUCUAAACUCAGCUGACGGCAGCAAUCUGACGGCGCGGAUAUCGGGAGCGCUUACGGAUUCCAAAUACAGAGAUACUCUCAUUCUGUUGGCUGAGAUGCGCAUCAGGAACGAGACUCCAACACUAGGUGCUCUGUGCCGCUGGGUGCGCACGUUGGACGUUGUGUCCGGACUAAGCAUUCACGUCCAAGUGCCAAGCCACAGUGUAUUCGGCGCCAAUGCUCACAACGACGAGCUUAUCCAAGUGCUGGACUCGAUACUCCGAGUCACAGGCCCAACUGAUGUUACUACCCACGGUGCAGACGCGUCUCCGGGUAUCUCGCUGCAGGAAACAUGGAGCCUGAGAAACAGCAGUACCCCCACCCGCCAGAUACGCAGUAGCGUUCAAGACAAGUCCAUCUUCACAUCGUGUCCCUCUGAUCUCAAGCAGCGCUUCCGAAUCAUCGAGACUACAGAAGGUCUGCAGCGUAAGCCACCGAAUCUCCACCCCGCUGUCUUGUACGCCUCACAAGACGAUGCGGUGCUGCUCGGCCAAGGCCCCAAGACCGAAUGCUUCAAGCACCCGAUAGUGCCCAAUCUGCGAUUAAUCAAGGAUGUACUCUCACCGGACGAAUGCUCUGCCAUUAUCGCCGCGGGAGAAGCCAUUGAAUUCAUACCGGAUGCCCCACUACGGCCCCAAGGCGAAGACACCAGUGUCCUAGCCCACAACUUCUACUGGAUUGUCGACCAAGCCUUCCACGAUAAGCUUUGGGAAAGAGUGAAAUCUUUUGUCCCAGACAGCGUCGCAGGAAAGAAAGUCCGCGGCAUCAACCGUCGCUUCAGAGUAUACCGUUAUGUGCCUGGAGCCGAGUACCGUUGCCACAUUGACGGUGCAUGGCCCCCCUCAGGCAUCGACCCCAAAACAGACUCUUACCAGUACGACGCCUCGCCCCCAACCGCCCGCCAAUCCUCCCUCUUCACCUUCCUCAUCUACCUCAACGACGACUUUAUCGGCGGCGAAACCACCUUCUUCAUCCCCAGCGUCAAGCAAGGCGUCAUCAAUGCUUACCCCGUUAAGCCCAUCAUGGGCAGUGUCGCCGUGUUUCCCCAUGGCGAAGCCCAGGGCGCCUUGUUGCAUGAAGGUACGGGUGUGGUCGAAGGUGCAAAGUAUGUUAUUAGAACUGAUGUCGAGUAUGACGUUGAUGCUACAAUUGAGAAGUGAAGAAAUCAAUCCAAGAGAGAAAAGAAUGUAACUUGUAGAUUGUACCUGAGUUGAUGAAAAGAGGGGAAAAUUGGGCUGUAAAUCGGAGUUUUCUGGGUCCCCCCCCCUUGAACCUCCCAAAAGUGAUAUUAUUCUUUACCUGCUAUUUACUAUGCUUUGUUGGCGCUUUCUCUCUCUCUCUCUCUUUUCGCUAAGAGCACAUACACCUGUAAAACAAAAGCC